UUUUGCCUUUCUGGCACGAUGGUGCGGAUGAAAGCAUUGCACCGGGAUACCCAAUUUGCCGUCUGCCGCGCAACACAAACCGAUAGGCCGACACCCCUGAACCUGGCCAGGAGGAGAACUGACAGGCAGGCAGCCGCUGUCAUCACAAUCACACUCCCUGUCCCUCAAUGCAGCCACACAGACUAUGGAUACGUUAUGAUGCCUUACACUGUAUAGCACACAUCCUCAAGAUACUUUCCAACCCUCCCAAUGACCUACAUUCUCCAGCGACAGACUCACAUAAUCAUACAGCAAGGCCCACACGCAUGUUUGUGUUUCUUUAUGAUCUCUAGGAUCUCAGGCAUUUCAGCCGCCAUGUCCUCUGCCGUCUUCCCCUGUCACAUAAGCAACCGUCGACAAUCGACUCUGUGUGAAUCUGUAUGUGUGCACUUACAGCAUUAUUCUUCAUCAACAAGAGAGACCUUCCACUCCACUCCAAUCUGUCAUGCAGAGAGAGACAGAGAGAGAGGGGGUGUGAUCUUGAGCGUCGUUCCUGCAUAUCUCACAGCUUAGUCACAGCCGCAGCUUGGCCUCCUUCGACAGCCAAAUGAAGUGCCGUGUUGCCAUCCUGUGCAUGUCAUGCACAGGGAGAGCAACAAGCAGAUGACAGGCAUUCUGUGUGUACUGAAGUGUGUGUCUCUCACCUUGUCCACCUGUGUGCCAAGGCCUCUUCCCCCUUUGGGAUGCAUGACGUUCAUCACAUCGACAUGACCAGAGUGGGCAGCCAAAUGGAGUGGCGUGUAGCCCUCCUGCAAUCAGCACCAGCACACAAUCCACGUUAUACAUGAGGCGUCAGAGACAGAUCUUCAACUCUCUUACAUUGGUGCGUACAUCCAGCACUUCUCGACCACCCCACUUCAACCUGUCAUGCAGGGAGAUAGAGGGAGAGAGGGUGUGCGUGGAAUUCGUCCUUUCUGUCGUCCAUCGGUGUUUCUCUCACAGCUGAGACACAGCGGCAGUGCGACCAUCCCGGGCAGCGAAAUGGAGCGCCGUCCAGCCACCCUGUGCGCGUCAUACACACAAUCAAGGGAAAGACAAACAAACAGAUCAGAGACGGUCCAUGUAUGUUCACAUGUGUGUCUCUUACAUCUGUUUGCUGCAUCAGUAUCUUAUUCCCCCCUUUGGCAUGCAUGGCCUUCAUCACAUCAACUUGACCAUGCCCGGCAGCAUUUAUGAAUGGCGUGACGCCGUACUGCAAUCAGCACAUGCAUACAAUCCACACAACGAGGCGGCAAAGCUAUUCUCCCUUUGUACGUUGCUUCGUGCAUCGAGCAGCUCGCCGUCCCACUCCAGCCUGACUUAGAGAGAAAGACGAUGUGUGUGAAUUCAAGUCACUCAUCUCUGUCUCUCACAGCUGAGACACAGCGGCAGUGUGACCCCCCGGGGCAGCCAUAUGGAGUGCCGUGGAGCCACCCUGUGCGUGUCAUACACACAAUCAAGGGAAAGACAAACAAACAGAUCAGAGACGGUCCAUGUAUGUUCACACGAUGUGUGUCUCUUACAUCUGUUUGCUGCAUCAGUAUCUUAUUCCCCCCUUUGGCAUGCAUGGCCUUCAUCACAUCAACUUGACCAAAGUUGGCAGCAAUUAUGAAUGGUGUGGAACCAAGCUGCGAUCAGCACAAUGCAACGCACGAUGAGGUGUCAGAGACAUAUGUGUCUCACUAAUUUCGUGUACGUUGUUGCGUGCAUCGAGCAGCUCACGGCCUCCCCAGUUCAGCCUGACCCAUGAAGAGAGAAAGAGGACUCGUGAGACGUUCACAUGCGUCUCUCACAGCUGAGACACAGCGGAUGUGUGACCCGUCUCAGCAGCCAUAUGGAGUGCCGUCCAGCCAUUCUGUGCGUGUCAUACACACAAUCAAGGGAAAGACAAACAAACAGAUCAGAGACGGUCCAUGUAUGUUCACAUGAUGUGUGUCUCUUUACAUCCAUUUGCUGCAUCAGUAUCUUAUUUCCCCCUAUGGCAUGCAUGGCCUUCAUCACAUCAACUCGACCAUUCUGGGCAGCAAUCAUGAAUGGCGUGUGGCCAGCCUGCGGUCAGCACAUGAAGACAAUCCACACAACGAGGCGGCAAACACAAACAAUUGACACCAACAGACAUCGAAAGUAUGUCUAUUCCUUUACCUUGAGACGUGCAUAGAGCAGCUCGCUGCCGUUCACUUCAGCAGUUGAGACACAGCGGCACUGUGACCAUUCUCGGCAGCCAAAUGGAGAGCCGUCCAGCCGUUCUGCAUUUCCAUGAAGCCAGGAUAUCUCUUCAUCACCAGCAACAAAAUUGUCCAGUUGUGUUAGUACAUCUUUUGUUUGCUGCAGGAUCGAUGGCCCGUAUCGAUCAUAGCAUACCGACAUGAUGCCAACGCGACCUUCACGUGCAGCGCAGAUGAAGGGUGUGUUCUGAGGGCCAAACAGAAGACUACUGACCGUCUUUCCCCUCCACCACUGCAUACCUCGUUGUUGUCUCGUCUGUCGAGUACUUUGAUGCCGUGCAUCUCAAUGAGCCGAUUGACGGACUGCACAUCAUCCGUCCGCACGGCCUCAAAGAUGAAGGAUGCUGCACGCACACAAAAGGGUAUAGAGGAUUGUGUUUUGCCUCUGUUUGUGCCUACCCUGAGAUGAACGCUGGUACUUCUGUAUGGUCUUCAUCACUUCAGACUUACCUGCCUGGGCUGCUACCUCGAACGGUGUCUUGUUGUACUGCAAUCAACGCACAUGAAAUCGACGUAAGGAUGUUUCACACAUGCACAUGUACAAUCUUACCCAUGGCGCUGCGGUGGUGUUACGUGCAUCAAGCAGUUCAGGGCCCCACUUCAGCAGCUGAUCGACAGCCCCAACCGCGCCAGUGAACGCAGCAUGGUGCAGCGCAGUGUUAAAAUUCUGCACCCCAAAUGCAGGACAUCUACUCAUGUCAAGCCGUAGGCCUUCGGUUGUGCCGUACGAUGUCUGAUUGAUGCAGAAUUGCUCGGCCACGUUACCCGCGUGUGCAGCCACGAGGAAGGGUGUUACCCUCGCCCCAUCUUCAACAAGUUGCCCUUCUGUGUCAAGUAUUUCUGGGCCAUGUUUGUCGAUGAGGUCGCUGACAGUCUGCGCACCGUUCGCCUUCACAGCCUUGAAUAUGGGUAGCUGCAGACAAAACUCCAGCAAUGACAACACACACAUCGUCAGAGUCUCUGAGAUUUUCCCACCAUUGCUGCGCGCCGCAGAGAGAGUU